CCCCCCAAGCUACUGCCGGAGCAUGCCCAGACCCUCGAGAAGUACUGUUGGGAGGCCUUCGAGAGCGGGGCGGGGGCCGGGCAGCUCCCCCAGGCGGGGUACUUGCCUCCGGGCCUCUUCCUCCUGCUGCAGUCCGCUGUCAUGGCCUGUCAGGAGAAGGACCUGGAGGCGCUCAAGGUGUUGCAAGCUGAGCUCUGGCCGCUGCUCAGCCCUGAGCAGAACCACCUGCUCCAUCUAGUGCUGCAAGAGAUGAUCAGUCCUGCUGGUCAGGGGUCCUGAGUCCGUCCCCCCCCACACACAUCCAGACUGACUUCACUUGCUUGCUGCCACUUCCAUAGGGAGUCUGUUUCCCACCUGAAAGAGAGGCCUGCCCCACCCACCCGCUUUUGCCUCAGUGGGACUCCUGAGUCCCCAAGUAGCAUCACCAGCGGGAUAGGCUUUGCCCACCUUCAGCUGCCAUCACUAUGGCAUCUCUGUAUUGUCUGCCAUCUCCACAGACUAACUGCACCUUCACUGAUCUGUUGCUAUUUCCCUCAUAUAGCCCAAAACACUCACCAAACAUCACCAGAGAAAUUAACUUCAUACACCUACAGCAAUCAUCCAGAGAUUAGCCCACCUGGUUCCCCAGGGAAGUGGUCGUACCUUUCUGUUGCUAGCCACAGAGUCUAAGCCCUACUCAGCAUCACUACCAGCAUGACUCGUUUCAUCCACCAUGGUGUUCUGCUUCCCACAGCAGCCAUACACAGGGUUGUUCCAUUUUGGCCUGUCACCACUGUGCAGCCAGAGUUCACCUAUCUCCCUGUGACCAUCAGCAUAUAGGCAAGAAUUAUGUAAUGCCACUUGAGACUAUUUUCCCUUUGAGGCUGAGGAAUGUGGAUAUGCCAACACUUCCUAUGUACUACUUCUGGUUAUAGAGAAAUGUCCUUUUUCAGCCCCAGCACUUCUCCCAUACUCCUCUCACUCACAGAUUCAAUAUACCUAUUGCAGGAGAUGACCUGAUCCAUUAGAAACUGUGUGCUAUCACAGUUCAAGUUCGUAAGAGGCAGGACUCUUGCCAUAUUUUAUUAAGAGACUGCAAAUGGCACUCAUUUUCCAAACAGUCCCCAAAUGCCAGGAUUCAGCCUUCUAGUUUAAAAGUCUCACAUUUGUAGAUGUAAUGAUUAGUGCAUUUUUUCUGUAUGUUUAAAAAUUAGAGUAGUUUUAGGUAUGUGAGCAAAAAUACCAUUUCUGUUUAAAGUGCUCAUAAUUCUUUCCAUUUAAAAACUAAAUGAGAAGCUAAAAUUGUAUUAUGUCAUGUCCCUUCUGGUCCGGGUUCUGUUUCAGUGUUUCUGUUGCCUGAGAUUUGUAUUUUCUAACUACCUGGCUCUCUGUCCAAGCUCUUGCUCUGUUAAUAUAAUGCUGUAGAUACAUUGGUGUCUCUAGAAAACUAUCUAUCCUGAAGCCUUGUCAUUCUUUAAACUAUAAUUCAGUAAAUAUUAUAGUCUUAAACUGAUUACUGUUCAAUGUGUCACCAGCCACAACCUAGGAAAUGUGGGGAGGAGUCCCUGCUUGUAGCUCAUUAGCCUCACUACUUUGUUGGUUUCAUUCAACAAGUAAGUAAAGGUGGGUGUGGAAUGUGUUUAAUUUUGGCAUUGGCUACAUAUGCUAUCUUGCUAUUUAUCAGGCCUGUUACAGCAGUUUAAAAGGAAUGUAUGGGUGUAGGGGGAACACUUACCCGUAACUUUGGUCCUCGGAUAUGCUUUUGCAACACUUGCUAAGGUGUGCAUUCUAGGGGAGGGCAAAACUGAUCUCUGUAAAGCACAAUUAGUUUUUAACUCUUAACUUUUCUAUUUUAAUGAUGAAGAGAAUUAAAAAUUGGAUGGUAGACCCGGUCUGUGAUCUAAUGAACUAAAUCUGGGCCUGGAAGCUGGUUCCACACUAUUAACUCUAGUCUUGAACAAAUCGUUUAUUCUUUGUAGGUGUGCUUUCCUACUUGUAUUUGCAUUCCCAUUUUACAAAUCUCUGGUGCAAGUAUAAUGUUUGUAUGGCAUUUUCAUGAUGAAAAAUGCAGAAUAGCUCUGAUAACUGCCCUGAGAAGAGCAUGUUGCUGGCCAUCUUCUGGAAAGAAUGUUUUCCAGCAGAGGAUCAACUUUAGUUGUGCUUUCCCUUUAACUGUAUUUAUGUAUCCUAAAGAAACAAUGUUUUGUUCUUUUUGCACACUGAAUUCUUACACAAAUUGAACCUUCUGGACUU